UGCACUGUGUCCUUCAGACACAGCGGAUCACCGAUCCAUGGAAAGAGUGGAAGAUGUCAGCUCGGUCAUGUGAUCAGCUGUGUCCAAUCACAGCUGAUCACAUGGGACAUGUACACAGAUCAUCAGAGCACUGAUGAUCAGUGUGGCCUGAUGAUCUGUGUAGCCCCAGCAGUGCCACAUGUCAGUGUCCAUCAGUGCCAGCUGUCAGUGCUCAUCCAUGCCACCUGCCAGUGCCCAUCAGUGCCACAUUUCAGUGCCCAUCUGAGCUGCCUUUCAGUGCCACCCAUCAGUGCCAGUCAGUGCCACCUAUCAAUGCCAGUCAGUGCCACCUAUCAGUGCUGCCAAUCAGUGCCGCCUAUCAGUGCCAAUCAGUGCCAGUUAUCAGUGUGCAUCAGUGCCGCCUAUCAGUGCCCGUCAGUGCUGCCUAUCAGUGCUGCCUAGCAGUGCCACCUAACAGUGCCAGUCAGUGCCACCUAACAGUGCCAGUCAGUGCCACCUAUCAGUGCUAGCCAGUGCCGCCUAUCAGUGCCAUAUAUGAGUGCUGCCUUUCAGUGCCCAUCAGUGAUGCCUGUCAAUGCCCAUCAGUGCCACCUACAAGUGCCUCCUCAUCAGUG